UUUUAGUGGGCAAGGUGCACUAAACUUUUGUGGUUACAAUACCAUUACUCUGUCACACUUACUACCACUCUGCCAAUGGAUUACAGCAUUUAAAGUGGUUCAUGGGGUGUGAUAACUGUAGGGAGGUUUUACUAGUUUGGUAAAGCUGCACUUUGUCACGUAGCAAGCUAGUCUUCACUUUUCGCCAGUAGAAGGUAGAUUACUUCCUGUCGGCUGUGUGGCUUGUGAUCUGGUUUCAACCGUUCACGUUAAGGAACCGUUCAAAGGACCGAAUCGUUCACGAACGCUGCAUCACUGCAGGUGACCUCCUAAACUUUGAACUCCCGCACAGGAGCUCGGUGACGGCGGUGUGCAGUGUGUCUGCGCCACAUGGGGCAUGUGAGGUGAGAGUGUAGCUUUAGCUCGGCUACUCGGUACAAUUCACUGACAAAUCUGUCGUUUAUCACUACACCAUCGUCCCUACGUGGUUGUCGUUUCUGCGCGUUUGGCUCUAGAUGAUAAUCAUUUGUUGUCACCACAAUGUGCUCCGUUAUUAGUAGGACGAAGCCAGUCCGACUGGCUCUAGCCCUGAGCCUCAGAGCAAACAGCCAGAGCUGCAGUUACGCACUGUCCCACUCCACGCGCGUCUCCCCGGGCCUGUGCACUUCCGUGUCCCCGCUACGAGCAGCUCUCAGAGCAUACUGCACCAGGAUGGCACGGACUGAAGGGCUUUUAUUCAGACAGUUGUUUGACAGAGACAGCUGCACGUACACAUACCUGUUGGCAGAUACUGACACCAAGGAGGCUGUCCUCAUAGACCCUGUGCUGGAGACCCUCAGCAGAGACGUGAAGCUCAUCGAGGAGCUGGGACUCAACCUGAAAGUGGCAGUAAACACUCAUUGCCAUGCUGACCACAUCACAAGUACAGGGCUCAUGAAGAAGCAACUGGUGGGGCUGAAAAGUGCAAUCUGCAAACACAGUGGUGCCCAGGCUGACUUACCACUCACAGAAGGAGACAAGAUCCCCUUUGGAAGACAUUGUCUGGUGGUGAGGGAGACACCGGGUCACACAGAUGGCUGCAUGACUCUGGUGACUGGGGAUGAGAGCAUGGCUUUCACUGGAGAUGCCCUCCUCAUCAGGGGGUGUGGCAGAACAGACUUCCAGCAAGGUUGUUCCAAGAGGCUCUACAAUUCCGUUCACAGCAAGAUCUUCAUCCUUCCUGAUAGCUGCCUAGUCUACCCUGCGCACGACUACCGAGGCCAGACAGUAUCUACAGUUGGCGAGGAGCGCAAAUACAAUCCCCGUCUAACAAAAACCUUAGAAGAGUUUGUGGACAUCAUGAACAAUCUCAAUCUGCCCAAGCCUGAGAAAAUUGAUUUUGCGGUUCCUGCCAAUUUGGUUUGUGGAGUGCACCAAAUUUAGCCAACACAAGGAAAUUCAAUCAAUACUGAACUCAUAAUAUUCAACCUACUCUAAAUGAGUCUAAAGUGCUGUACUUUGUAUGAUAUGAAUGAAAAAUAUAAUUUUAUAAAAUGUUUGAAAUUAAUAGUUAAUAUUAAUAUUUGAUUUGGUCUCAGGUUGUUUUUGGUGCUGGUAUGAAUAGAUGAACAUGAAAUCUCUAAUCUGUAAAGUAUGUGUAAUAUUUGAUAAAGUUUUAUUGUUGACCUUU